GAGGUGUGCACGUGUGCGCGGGUCUGCAGCAGCCGUCACGGUCGCGAGUGGGGUAAUUUCUCAGUGAGCGUGCGUGAUUUUGCACGCGCCUCCCCUCCCCUCCCUGCUCCUCCUCGGCGUGGAGGUGCGCGGCCGCUGUGGCUGUGUCGCUGCGGCACUGGAUGGAUCCAAACGGGCAUGUUCGCCGGUGAAGCCUCGGGCCGUGCACGCGGAGGGAAAUAAACAUUUGACGUCUACCUGUCGAUCGGUCACGCGCGCUGCGGAGACAUGUCCAACUCAAACAAGAGCAAGAAGGACAAAGAAAUCCUGGCGGAGUAUGAGAGUCAGGUCAAAGAUGUGCGGACGCAGUUGGUGGAGCAGCAGCGUUGCCUGGAGCAGCAGACGGAGAUGCGGGUCCAGCUGCUCCAGGACCUGCAGGACUUCUUCAGGAAAAAGUCUGAGAUCGAGACGGAGUAUUCCCGAAACCUGGAGAAGCUCGCCGAGCGCUUCAUGGCGAAGACACGCAGCACGAAAGAUCAUCAGCAAUACAAAAAAGACCAGAAUCUGCUUUCUCCGGUGAACUGCUGGUACCUGCUGCUGAACCAGGUGAGGAGAGAGAGUAAGGACCACGCCACGCUCAGCGACCUCUACCUGAACAACGUCAUCACGCGCCUCACCCACAUCAGCGAGGACUCGGCCCGCCUGCUGAAGAGGAGCAAGGAGAUCAUCUUUCAGCUUCAGGAGGAUCUCAUGAAACUCCUGAACGAGCUUUACACCGUGAUGAAGACCUACCACAUGUACAACUCGGAGACGGUGAACGCGGAGACCAAGCUGCGGGAGGCGGAGCGUCAGGAGGGCCGCGUGAAGGGCGUGACGGGGACGAGCGGGGGGGUGGAGCCUGUGUUCGGCCUGCGGAUAGAGGAGCGCCACCAGAGACGCAACGCCGCCCGCAAGAUGGAGAAGAUGAGAGAGAAGAGGAAGGCGAAGUACUCGGAGAACAAACUGAAGGCUCUCAAAGCGAGGAACGAGUACCUGCUGACCCUGGAGGCCACCAACGCCUCCGUGUUCAAGUACUACAUCCACGACCUGCCGGACAUCAUAGACUGUUGUGACCUAGGGUACCACUCCAGUCUGAGUCGGGCCCUGAAGACCUACCUAUCAGCCGAGCUGAGCCUUGAGGCCUCCAGGAGGGCGGGGCUGGAGGUGCUGGAGGGCGCCGUCGAGGGCCUGGACCCCGCCCGCGACCGGCAGCGCCUGCUGGGCCUCUACCCCACCGCCUUCUGCCCCCCCCAGCGCUUCAGCUUCCAGGCCCACAUGGGAGACGCAGUGACCCAGAUCGCCUCCCAGCCUCAGGUCCAGGCCGAGCUCUCCCUGCGUCUCACUCAGCUCCAGACCCGCCUGGCGUCGCUGAAGAUCGAGAAUGAAGAGGUGAAGAAGACCUGGGGUGCCACCCUGACCACGCUGCAGGACGUGACGGUGCUGGACAACUACGACGUCUCCCAGAGCUUCACCCACAGCCCGUCCUCCGAGUCGGUGAAGUCCAGCGUGUCGGACGGCUACUUGAACAAGCCGAGUCUGGCCAAGAGGCGGGCCAACCAUCAGGAGACGGAGCUCUUCUACUUCAACAAGUUCCGCGAGUAUCUGGAAGGAAGUAAUCUCAUUUCCAAACUCCAGGCCAAACACGACAUCCUGAAGAAAGCUUUAGCAGAAGGUUAUAAAUCUGAUCUGCUAACCACGAGUCGUGGGCGUAAGAACUCUCACAGCAAACACCAGGACUCAACCAAAGCCAUACCCCUGCUGGUGGAGAGCUGCAUCCGCUACAUCAAUCUACACGGCCUCCAGCAUCAGGGCAUAUUCCGGGUGUCAGGAUCUCAGGUGGAGGUCAACGAUAUCAAGAACUCCUUCGAAAGAGGUAACGACCCGCUGAUCGACGAGGAGAGCAACCAUGACAUCAACUCUGUGGCCGGGGUGUUGAAGCUCUACUUCAGGGGUCUGGAGAACCCGCUGUUCCCCAAGGAAAGAUUCAACGACCUCAUCUCCUGCGUCCGAAUAGAAAACCUCUACGAGAGAGCGCAGUGCGUCCGCAAGAUCCUGCUGGGCGUCCCGAGGCCGACUCUGGUGGUGAUGCGUUACCUGUUCGCCUUCCUCAACCAUCUCUCCCAGUACAGCGAUGAGAACAUGAUGGACGCUGGGAACCUGGCCAUCGUGUUUGGCCCCACCCUCCUGCCCACGCCGGACACGCUGGACCAGGUGGCGUGUCAGGCGCACGUGAACGAGGUCGUGAAGACGGUCAUCCUGCACCACGACAACAUCUUCCCCGACAUCAAGGACCUGCCCGGGCCGGUGUACGAGAAGUGCAUGACUGGAGACCAGUACUGCGAGAGUCCAUUCAGCGAGCCGGGAGCGCUGGAGGAGGCGGAGCCCGACGCCGGCACCGAGACCGCGACCAGCGACGAGGAGGGCGAGGGCGUGGAGGCGGUGGCGAGGUUCGACUACACGGGCCGAUCGGGCCGCGAGCUCUCCUUCAAGAAGGGAGCGUCCCUGCAGCUGUUCCAGCGGGCGUCACAUGACUGGUGGGAGGGGCGACUGAACGGGAGCCGCGGCCUCGUGCCUCAUCAGUACAUCGUGCUGAAGGACAGGGCCGACGCCAUGUCCGACGCGCUCAGCCAGAAGGCGGACAGCGACGGCGGCAGCAGCAGCACCGAGGACAAGAGGUCCAGGAGCGAGCUGAGCUCCCCCACCGACAUCAGACCUCCUGAGACCUACAACAGGUCUGUGAUAUCAUGUCUUCAUCUCUCGGCUCAUGAUCUCAUGGUGUCUGCUCGUCCUGAUCUCAGUCACAGGAGGAAGCGAACCGACGGUUUGUUCCGGCGUCCGCUCGGUCGCUCCAACGACAACCACGGGAACCUGGAGCGCAGCUCGCCGCCCGUGACGGGUCACUUCAGCCCCCGGGAGCUGCUGCUGGGGCGUGGCCAGGGCAUGACCCCGCCCCUCGACAGCCCAGAGCGCCGCCGCCGCUCUGCCGCUGUGACCAUGACCGUGAGCCGACAUGAUUCGCUGCGCAGACCUGAGGACACGCCCAUCCGGCGCUCCAGCAGCGGGCAACAUGGCUUCAGUGACUCCCAUCGAACCAGAGCACUGGACCCUGAGACACUGGCACAGGACAUCGAGGAGACGGUGACGGUGGCGCUGGGCGAGCUGCGGCAGCUGGAGCGUCAUGGCGGCCGGCCGGCGCCCGACGUGGUGCUGGACACUCUGGAGCAGGUGAAGAACGGCCCCAUCACCACCUGCUCCUCCGAGUCUCCCAGCCCCCACAGCACCCCCAGCACCCCGGGCACACCUGGAACCCCCGGCACCCCCGGCACCCCGAGCCCCCUCAGUCCUCUGAGCCCCAUGAGCCCGCUCCCCGGGCCCCCGCCUGGACCCCCCCGACCAGCCAACCCCUCCCCUGACGCCAUGGGCUCCUUCAAGCCGGUGGCAGCCGCCCGAAUGGGGGCUCCGCUGAGGCCCCCCGCCCUGAGGCCCAAGCCCAUAGUCCCACCUAAGAGCAGCACCCCCCCUCUGCCCCCACCUCUAGACAAAUCCUGCACCAUGUGAGCCAAACCAGGCCGAUAAGAGGCCGAAUCAGGCCUACCCGGGCCAAAACUGGGCCAGAAGAGGAGAUCAGGGUACUGCUUAAUGUUUAUAAUCAACAUGAGGUUAGAAAUGGUCGAAGGAAGAGAGGGUUUUAAUGUAGUAAUAAAAUAUAAUAUAUGAGCUAUGAUAUGAUAUGCCAUGAUAUUUCUGUGUUGUCAGGUUGGUGUGUACUCUCUAGGUGUGUAGGAGUUUACUUUCUCCAUGUAUUGAAGCAUUUAUCAAAGGUUAGCUAAAGGGAGGAGCGUCCGA